CUAUGGCCAAUAUUCAAAGGGGAAAAAGGCUCCUAUAAAUCAGGCCACACUGGACCUCUCUGCCAGCAGAGCUACAGCUCAUCUGUGGAAGGAACCUCACCGCCACCAUGAACUUCUCCGGCAAGUACCAGCUGCAAAGCCAGGAAAACUUUGAGGCCUUCAUGAAGGCAGUCGGGCUGCCUGACGACCUCAUCCAGAAGGGGAAGGACAUCAAGGGAGUGUCAGAAAUCGUGCAGAAUGGGAAGCACUUCAAGCUCACCAUCACCACCGGCUCCAAAGUGAUCCAAAACGAGUUCACCUUGGGAGAGGAAUGUGAGCUGGAGACCAUGACUGGGGAGAAGGUCAAGGCAGUGGUUCAGAUGGAAGGUGACAAUAAACUGGUGACAGCUUUCAAAGGCAUCAAGUCCACUACCGAACUCAACGGAGACACAAUCACUAACACCAUGAUAUUGGGUGACAUUGUCUUCAAGAGAAUCAGCAAGAGAAUUUAGACAAGCCUGCAUUUCAUAUACUUUUACUGUGUAAAAUUAAUGUAAUAAAGUAAACUUUGUUUU